AUGAUAUUCCCGUGGCUGGUGGUCCUGGGCUGCUGCUUUGCAGAGGCGGAGUCCCAGUUGGUUUACAAGCUCAACAAAAUCGAGUGUCUGGUAAAUAAGACGCGGGUGAAAAACGUGUCUUGCCAUGUGAAGGCGAUCAGUUGGAAUAUGGCAGUGGUGAACAUGGAUUGCUUUAUGAUUUUCCCUCUGUACCCAGAAGUUCGAAUGCAGGUUUUUGUGAAGGACUACAGUAACCAGUAUAAGCCAUUUCUAAUUGAUGUGGCCAUCAAAAUGUGCGAGGUUAUCCAAAAAAGGAACUUCAUCUCCUAUGGUGUUAUUAUCUGGAAAUUAUUUAAGCGUUUCACGAAUGUAAAUCACACCUGCCCUUUUUCGGGUCAAUUAUCUGCCCGCAAUGGGUAUUUGGACACCAGUCUUCUUCCGCCGUUUCCACAUGGGUCCUACCUAGUCAGCUUAACAAUAGUGGACUCGAGCUCCGCCAACAAGGAAUACGUGGGCACUAUAAAGUUCUUCUUGCAAAGCAUGGAACUAAUAAAGAGCAAAAAGGCUGCCAAGGCCUUAGUGUAACUUAAAAAGGUUUUCCCAUUUUGAUCCUGAUGGCGCUUAUAUUGACCAAUAACAAAUAUUAAUUAAGGGGU